UGAAACGUAAUGUUUAUUUACGUCAAAUCACACGCAAAUCACAAUAGUCAUUUCGUACGCACAAAAGUUCAAUACAGAAUAAAUUCUUGUGUGAUGGUCUUGAUACAGUUCUAAAGAUGUUGUGGUAUUUACCAUGGUCUGAAAAUUUCAAAAAGAGAGCUUGCAGAUAUUUGCUUCAACGCUAUUUGGGAAAUUUCUUGGAGGAAAAACUAACUUUGGAUCAGCUGAGCGUCGAUCUCUACAAUGGGACAGGCACAGUUUCAGAAGUUAGCCUUGAUUGUCAGGCGCUCAAUGAAUUGGGCGAUGCUCAGAGUUGGCCCCUAGAAAUAGUGGAUGGGUACAUGAGAGAGAUCACUGUGACAAUCCCGUGGUCGACAUUACUCAAAGAUGACUCCGUUGUCAAAGUCAAUGGCCUCAUACUCACCGUGCAGCCCAAAGUGCGAGCAGAGCCAGCAUCAUCCAUGCUGGAGUCCAUGUGGUCUUCCAUGUCAUCGUCGAUGCAGCUCGCAGCUGAAUGCCUUCAGCAGGAUGACGGCCCUCCAGAGGCCAACCCCGUGGAGGGGAUUGAGAUGUUUGCACAUGCUAUAGAUUCUAUUCUCAGCAGAGUAAAAGUAAAAUUUGUGAACACCAAAAUAAGGAUAGAGCACGUUCCUAAAAACAGUGACAGAGGCAUAGCACUAGAAAUACACAUUGACAAUAUCGACUACUACGAUGAAGCUGGGUCGGAGCCUCCACCAGAGGUCACUGACCCUGACAAACCGAAAACCUACAUCGUGUCCACUUACACUAACAAACGACUCAUGUUUGAGGGAAUCACCCUGUACACGGACGAGUUUCCAUCCAAACUUCGCACCAUGGCGCGAAGUCUUAUCAUGGAAAAAUCUGCAGCUUCCUCGCAAGAGAAAUCCGAAAGCCAACCGGAGCCCUCAGAAAUCAAUUUCCUCAGCGCAACUUCAGACAUUUUCUAUGAGACAAAGAGCAUAUUAUCCAAUGCUGAGCCUGAACCCGUUAAGAGUGAAUUCGAGGAAUCUAUUUACAAUAGCGAGACUGUGUUUAGAAGAGAAGUAACGCCUGAAGAAAGAGCGAAUCAGCCGCAACCGAUCUUGUUCGCUAAGUUAACGGGCAAACAAGAGUUGGCAUUAAAAAUUAAACAUACAGAGGAGGCAGUAGGGCCUAAAGUUGAUCUGCAAAUGACACUCGGGUCGCUUAUCGUAUUUUUGACCCCGAGACAAAUGCAUACAUUGAUGGAGCUGGUGAAUGGAUUGAAUCAGCCACAUUUAGAGGAUACUAGCAACAUCCCCCUGCGUCCUUCGGGGGUGAACAUGCAGUGCAAGCCGAUGGGCCAGGCAGACUUCCAGAGAAUCGAGGCCCAACUCAUGGGCAACUUUAGCCGCGAGAACAAACCCAAUUUAGCCAUGUACGGCUGGACUGGACAGAGCCUUGAAGACAGCGAGACAGAAGACCGUUUCCAGCCGAUGUCCUCAGCUGCGGCGCCGCUGGCCGACAGCAUGAUGUCUUCAGUCUCCUCCAUGACCACCAGCGCCACGUCCAGCGUGCACGUGCCCGCCGCGCAGCCACGCACCACCCGGAAUAGGAAAGUGCCCCAAAUUGACGGUGACCCAACUGCUGAAGUUUCACACAUCAAUAUAAAGAUAUCAUCAUGCACCUGCAUACUGUUGCAUAAGGAUAUCCUAGUCCCGGUACCUUUGGGCACCGAUUGCGUAACGCCAUCUAGUGCCAAGAAGAUGGAGGAAGCGUCGACGGAGUUCUUCGGACGGCUGGGCCCGUUCUCUCUCACGGGACACUCGAAGAAAGAUCUCGAACAUGCCAAUGAGAUAUUUGAUGGCGCCACUGGCAGGAGCCAUUUGAGGUUAAUAACCUCAGCUCUAACCCUGGAUGGCAGUGAGAAGACAACCUCCAGUGGCAGUCAGACGGCGUGUGAGGCGUCGGUCACUCACCUGUUACUAAGAGAGUGUCUGUACAAGGAGGCUACUGAUCUGUAUACCAGGGAGCGGCCUGACAGCUUCGACUUGAUCAAGUUUGUGUGGGCAGAAGAGGAAGAUGAUAACGACUCCGCAUCGACUGUGCUGCUGCAUCCAAAUGUGCGGAUCAACUUCAAACAAACGCUCAAGUAUAUCCGGAUAUCCGGGGAGAAGAAACUCGUGUAUCCUACCACGGAUAUUUCUAUAAAGUGCAUGCCGUUCACAGUGGACAUAGAGUUGACAAUAUUGGAGCGCAUGUCCGCACAAGUGUUCGCCGGCUCCCCCCCCGCCCCCGCGCCGCCGUCUGCGCGCGCGCAGCUCAAUGUCAACAUGCAGUGCGCCAGUGUGGAUGCUGUGUUGAGGUUCCCAAUAGCGGACCUCCGGCCGGGCAUCAGCCGGGCCACCCGGCGCGUCAGGCCCGACUACCUCCAGUUCGGGUUCCAAGACGUGGUAGUCAGUUGCAGUCAGACACCGAGCGCGCGCCCGUUGCCGACUACCGUCACUGUGAGGGCAACUACACUUGAUGCGUAUUAUUAUGAAAAUGAAACGGCUCAAGGCAUACACAUUGCUCGCGCCAAUAUGGACGAGACAUAUGACCCAAACAUUCUGAAAGGACCUACAACUACUCUACCAACAAUAUCCCUAACCUUCCAACCGUCGAAAACCCCGAAAGGUCCAUUCGACCCGCUCAGUGAUGACGAACAGACGUUCGAGCCGGCAUCGAACCCCAUGACCACGUCCAUGCACAUCAUGAACAACCUCCGGAACAGCUCUCAACCAACGCCCUUCAGUAACAAGAAAACUGCCCACCAGAGUAUCACGAAACAUGAGGAUACGCCGCAAGGUCAAGCUGAAGAGCUGAUAGUACCAGGCAAUGAAGAGGAAAUGGCUGAAUUUACUUCGAAUUCAGUGGAGCGUGCUUCCAUACAUCUGGACCUAAAUCUGCCUAUACUGAGUUUGCAACUAGAAUCAAAACAGCUGUACGAGAUAAUCUACAACCGCAUCAACUCGGACUUACUUCUCUGGGAGCCGGUGGUCGGCGAGCAGUACGAGAUCAGUCCGCACAUGGCGUUCGCUGGAGCUGAACCCAGCAUCUAUCCCGCUUUCUCCAUGUGCAAGAAUGCGGGCUACGAUUCCGAUUCCGCAAGUACAUCAUCUGACGAAGAGAACCUCUACUACUCGGCGUAUGAGAGUAAAAUGAAACAAAACAAGCUACCCACAGCCAAGCCGACGCCGGAGAAGAAAGAGACGCACAACUUCUGUCUCACUCUGAAGAUCGAUAAGGGUCUCAUGACUAUCUACACUCCUUAUAGGGACGCCAACAAACUCGUAGUCCCCGGGCAGAUGGGCACGCUAGUGGUGGACGCGCGCGCCCUCACACUGUGUUCAGUGAGCGGCCUCGGCGGGGUGCCACACACAGCACGCAUGUGCCUGCGAGCCAGCCAGGCCACCCUGUAUCAUGAUGCGGUCCAAUCAAUACCGUCAGAGAAGCCCCCACUUCGUCUCUACGGCACCAGUUUACCCCUCAACCUAAAAGAGACCAUAUACCCUUCAGCCAAAGGAGUAAUGUUGAAGGAACACGUGAAGAAAGAUAUGCUAUCGUUAGCACUGAAAGUCGAGCCUCAGCCAGAUCUACCCAAUUUCAAGAAAAUCUGCAUGACUCUAGGCAUAGAGCACGCAACGUUGCGCCACCGCGGCAACGUUGGCAUAGCGUGGCUGACUCAACUGCUAGAUGUACUGGAUGUGGAAGACUAUAACAUACCAGGGUACCAGCCGUCUACUGUGCUGACUGAACUACAUGUGCAUGUGUGGGACUGCGCUAUCGAUUACAGACCGCUGUACCUUCCAAUCCGGACAGUCCUCAACCUUGGAAGCUUUAGUGUCUCAUCAAACGUCAUAGCUCAAACCAACACGUCAUCUCUUCGCUUCCUGGCCCAGGAGUGUUGUCUAUCCCUUUCACACACAGGCACAGUGAAAGAGAAAGACGAUGACAAACCGCCAGAUGUGUUGAGGGAUUAUGUGUGCGUUAUUGACCUUGGACUGUUUGAACUAUCGCUGCGGAUCGCUGAUAAGCGCAACAACACCGGUCCCCGAGUAGACCUCAGCGCGUCCAACAACGUGGUGAACUUCCACACGUGCUGGGACUCUCUAGCAGCACUGUGUAGACUCAUCACGUACCUGGCGGGGAGCGGGGACUGCCAGCAGCCGCCCGCCGCGCGCGCGCCGCCCGCCGACCCCCACACGCUUGUUGGUUUAGAAGACCAAGAAGAGAUAAGAGAGCUUUCGCCCAGCGAAAUUCAACAAGUCAACGAUCUGAUGGCCGAGGCGAUGAAGGAGAGUCCGAAUACCACACUAGAAGAAGACGAAAUAAUCAGCUCAACAGAAAAAGAGGGCGUGGAAAUUUUCUUCUUUCCCGACGAAUCCAACAUGCCGAAACGCCGUCUGGCCUCAGAGAGCCUAGAGACAGAAUUGCCCAGUAUGGAGUAUGAAGAGUACAGCCAAGGAGUGACAGAGACGGCAGAGGAGGCGAGACCUACUAAUGCCAAUGUGGCCAAUGAGCUGGGCGACCCGAGCGCCUCGCCUAAACCUCCGCCGCAGAAGCCUAAACGGAAUAAAAAGCGUUCAACCGGCGAAGGCAGCAACACAGACGACGAAUACUGCAUCAUAGAGUCCUCCGGCUGUUCCGAGGACGAGCUCGCCGAGCCGACAGUACGCUGGUUCGGCUCCCAGCCGGUGCCGUUCAUAGAGAAACACUUCACGGUGCCGGCGGCAAGGAGCGAUGUGCUGAAAGCGCCGAGGAGCUUCCCGCCGCCGGAGCUUAGGUACACUCUAUGCGAGAUGAGCGUAGUGUGGCAUUUGUUCGGCGGCAACGACUUCAAGCUGCCAGGCGAUACUGCCCCUUCUGCCUCUAGCAAGAAGAACGUCACUAUCAACGAGGGCGACUCUCGGCAGGGAUCACCGAAGACUAACAAACGCACAACAGAAUACGAGCCCUACGAAGCCGGGCGCGCCAUUACGCAAGCCUACCGUCAGUCCGGCGUCCGCUGGUCGGCGGGCAGCGAGCGAGUCACCCAGCGAGCCCCGAGUGAGCCCCUAGCCGCCUGGCGCACCCGUGGGGGACCUGGCAGAGACCAGGCUACGAAUGUCGCUGUUAGCCUUAGCAAGAUAAAGUUCCAACACGAAACCUACCCAGCGGGCGGCACCCACGCGGCGAGACAGACGCUGGCCAUCAGCAAGAUAGAAGUACUAGACCGACUGGAGAAGAGUCACAUCAACAAACUACUCAGCCAAUACGUGUUGAAGGACGAGCCUGAGAGGAAAAACGCUCAUAUGCUGGUAGUAAAAGCCGUGCACCUCCGUCCAAUGCCGGGGCAGGGCGCUGAAGAGUGCUGCCUGAAGGUGUCGCUGCUGCCGCUCAAGUUCAACGUGGACCAGGACACGCUCUCCUUCCUCAUGGCGUUCUGCACCAAGCUCGGCGCCGCGGACCACAGCGGUCAGUGCGGUGGGGAAGACGACCCCACCAGCCUGGCCGGCAUGUCGUCCUCAUCACCAGGCUCACGGCAGACGACGCCCACACACCGAGCGCCCGUCAUGAGCGUGGGCAAGACCCUGCGCGACCCCCCGCCCACCCCCACCUCGCUGGGGGACGCUGACGCGCUGUCGCUCAGUGACGCCCCCAUGGAAGAGCCACUGAUGGAGAAAUACCAAGCGGAACGGCUCGUGUCAGAGAACCUCAUCCAACUCGAGGAGGACUUCCAGAGACUGGGCGUGGAGCAGCCGCCACCCGCGCCCCGCGCCGCCCCCGCUGCGCCUGCGCCGGACGCGCCGCUGUAUUUGAGGCGUGUGGUAUUCUCCCCCGAAGUCCCGAUACGUCUGGACUACGUGGGCAAACGGGUAGACCUCUCCGCCGGGCCGGUGGCCGGCCUGCUGAUGGGGCUGGGGCAGCUGAACUGCUCCGAGCUGCGGCUGAAGAGGCUUUAUCAUAGACACGGGCUACUCGGUGUGGAGCGGCUAGUGAAGUGGGCAAUCCACGAGUGGCUGUCGGACAUCAAGCGCCACCAGCUGCCCGGCCUGCUCAGCGGCAUCGGGCCCAUGCACUCGCUGCUGCAGUUCGUGACCGGCAUCCGCGACCUCCUCUGGCUGCCAGUGGAGCAGUGGCGUCGCGACGGCCGCCUGGUCCACGGCUUGCGUCGCGGCGCCGCGUCGUUCACGGCUAGAACCGCUGUGGCAGCUAUUGAUAUCACGCAGCGGAUACUGCAUCUUAUACAGGCGACCGCCGAAACAGCCUUCGACAUGCUCACCCCCGGGCCGACACUGCAGUUACAAGACGCGUACGACCGUCGCACGCGGCGGCGGCAGCGGCGGCGCGACCCGUCGCGGCACCCCAACGACAUCCGCGAGGGCGUCGCCAGCGCGUACCAAGUUAUGAAGGAGGGCUUCGCCGAAACAGCAGCCACCAUCACCAUAGCGGCGCGCAGCGAGAGCGGCGUGGGCGUCCUCCGCCACCUGCCCGGCGCCGCCGUGUCGCCGCUGGCGCUGGCCGCCGCCGGCGCUGCCGACGUGUUGGGCGGCGUGCGCGCCUCGCUCGCGCCUACUGCCCAGCGGGAUCAUAAGGACAAGUACCGGCACUCUCAAGAUAAAUCAUCGGAGUGAGAAUUUCACCAAUCUUUGACUCAACGAGUGAACGCAUACAUCUCUCAUAUAAUACAAACAAAUUAACUAGAUUAAUAACCUAUUACCUAUUGAUAACAAAAUUCUGAUCUAUAUUCAACUUCAACUACAGGUUCAUAAUUGAGUUAAUUAUUUUGUACUGUUUUAUCGGGUGAAGGUGUUCAAACAAAUGCUCAGUCUAAGCUAAAUAGAGGUCUAAAAUAAGUCUUAUUCUUAUGUAAAUAAUGGUUAUAUCAACUCGCUGUUGUAGAAAAGACUAAAUUAUGGUUGUAGACACAGGAUGUCACAAAAAUCAUCUAGUACUUAUAUACAGGAUGCGAUUGAAUUUAUAGUUUAGAACAUUUUUAUUUUAGUUAGUUAUUUUACUAUUGACGGGACAACGCAAAAAAAAAACUUCAAGAAGUGGUAGUCUGUGAUUUGAAAAUUGUAAAGAAUAAAGAAAUGGAUAAGAUAACUAUAAUGAUAAUAUAA